GAUAGUACCAGUUCAGCCGAGCUGCUCGGAGAUGAAAGAUGUCGGAAGAGCAAAAGAAGUCGACCUUGGAGUCAAGUGAAACAUUGCCCUUCCUCCAAAAGGCUUUGGUUAGCUCAGAUAGACUAAAGGAUUUCCCUGAAAAAGAAAAAGAAAUAGGAGAGGAUGGAAGUAAGGAUACAACUUGUGGUUUCUGGAUCUUCAGAGGUUCCUUUAUGCAAAGAUUUGCAACUGAGAAAAUGUAUGUGAUUCUGUACGGUCUGGCUGGUUGUGUGAUGACAAUGACCUUCGCCUACUUCAAUGCGACAAUUACGACCUUGGAGAAGCGCUAUAAAAUACCAACAAAGGUUUCCGGCAUUAUCUCGGUGGGAAAUGAUAUCAGCACGAUGCUAACAGCCGCCCUGUUGGGUUAUUAUGCGGGAAAUGGGCAUCGACCCCGCUGGAUGGGAAUAGGUCUGCUGACCAUCGUGGCCUUUUGCCUGCUAACGAGCUCCCUGCACUUUAUUUAUGGAGCUGGCGAGGAUGCCCUAAAAUUAACCCGUGAAUUUGGCCAGGUUAACGAAACUUUGGCCAGGCAGGAGAAGGAUAAGAAACUAUGCCAGUCAAGUGCAUCAGGAUGUAUUCAGGAGGUGGGCCAGUCGGUGCCACAGGUGUUUCUGUUUGCAGCCCAACUUAUUUCGGGAGUGGGACAGGCUCUUUUCUACACUUUGGGAAUUGCCUACAUGGAUGAUAAUGCCACCAAGUCAAAAACACCUGCCCUGCUGAGCAUGUCCAUGUUCCUGAGAAUGCUUGGUCCAGCUAUUGGAUAUUCUUUGGCAGCUCUUUGCCUGCGUUUGUACAUUGAACCCAGCUUGGAACCUCUCAUCGGAAGGGAGGACCCUCGCUGGAUGGGCGCCUGGUGGCUGGGAUGGCUAGUCCUGGCUGCCAUGACCUUGAUUGCAGCCUUGUUCCUGUUUAUGUUUCCCAAGGAGCUGCCCAGUUCCCGAAAGAGGCGACUCGAACUGAAGCAUUCAGAGAGAAGACAGUCGCUCCCCAUCAAAGAACGAUCCUUUAAGGACAUGAUGAAAACCGUAAGGAGGCUGGGAAAGAACAAGGUGUAUAUCUUCAACACCAUAGCAUCCAUAUUCUACUUCUUCGGCUAUAUGGCCUAUUGGAUAUUCACUCCAAAGUAUAUAGAAACCCAAUACAGACAAUCGGCAGCCAUGGCAACUAUGGCAACUGGAACUGUAGCCCUGGGAUUCUCGGCCGCAGGAGUUCUUAUUUCAGGAUACGUGAUCUCGAAGUACAAACCGAGUGCCCGGGCAAUGGCCUCCUGGAAUGCCAUCGUGGACUUUGUGACGGUGGCCGGAAUCCUUUGCUAUGUGGCCAUCGGAUGUGAAGGCAGUGACAGAUUGAAUUCCCUGACCACUUUGUCCGCGGAGAACAGCUGCAGUGCAUCCUGCCACUGCGACUAUGUGCACUAUGCUCCGGUUUGCAGUCCGGAUAACAUCACCUUCAUCUCGCCCUGUCAUGCAGGAUGUACGGAAAGGACGAAGGAUGAACUGGGAAGGACCAUUUACACUAACUGCCAGUGCUUGGGUUCUUCAAGUUUGAUCUCAGAAACGGAGGUAAUAAAACGGAAUACCUUUCAGUAUAUUUUACUUAUACAUUUUUUAUUUCAGACUCAAUUUGCAGUGGAUGGAACUUGUCCAGUGGACUGCUUCAAUGAGUUCCUUGUUUUCCUGGCCAUGAUGUGCUUCCUGAAACUCGUGGGUGCUUCUAGUAAAUCCACAAAUCUGCUAAUAGCUCUGCGCUGCAUUCCUGAAGAGGACAAAACCUUUGCAUUGGGAUUGGGUUCAAUGGCAGCUUCUCUACUUGGUUUCAUUCCCAGUCCCAUUUUCUUUGGCUGGUUGAUUGACAACUACUGUUUGGUGUGGGGUAAAACCUGCACCAACAAGGGAAACUGUUGGCUCUACGACACGGAAUCAUUGAGAUACGCUUUGAAUCUUACGGCCGCCUCCUUUAUACUUGUGGGAGGAUUUCUAAAUAUCAUAGUUUGGUACCAUGCCAAGGAUCUCAAGAUUUUUGAUGAAGAGGAGUCGCCGAAAGGCAGCUCAAAAAAUAAGGAAGUUGAAUUGAAAACUGUGGAUAUAAAAUCCCAAGAGAAAUAACUUUACUUAUUUUAAGCCAAAUAAACAUGCUACGAAUGGAGUCUCAACUUUGAGACUUUCUUAUUUUA